GGGGUGGAGGCCUCCCAGUUAUUAUCUUGCUUCCCCAGCAAGCAGUCUGAGGAGGGCUCCAAACUCCUGAACCAGCAAGGGAAGUCGUCUCUCCAGGUUCCUGGUCCCCACAGACAGCUCUGGAUCUGCUUCUCUUUGUUGAACUCUGGGUAAAGACUCCUUCAACUACCAGAAGGUCUCUGCCUCAAGCAGACGAUGUUUGGUGAAGUGUGGCAUUUUUGGUGCAUUCUGCAGUAGCCUUGUUGCCAAAGGAGUCAGCUUUGGACCUUUUCAAGGUAAAGCGGUCAAUGCCAGUGAAGUCAAGACCUAUGGAGACAAUUUCUCUGAUGUGCGAGACUGUCAAAGAUGGUCAUUUGAGCCACUUUAUAGAUGGAAAAGGAGGUGCAGGGAACUAGAUGUCCUCUGUCAACUGUGCCUGUUUCCCCAAGGAGCAGAGCCUGGUUGCAAUGUCGAAGGCAGAUACCUUAUGAGAGCUGCAAGGAUAUCUGCCAGAACCAAGAGUUCCUUGUGUGGUAUGGAGACUGCUAUGGAAAGUUUUUGGACAUUCCCCUGAGCCUUUCGCUCACAGAACAGAGGAAGCAGGUGCCUGGGCCCUCUGAAGAGUCUGCAGAAGGCUACAGGUGUGAAAGAUGUGGAAAAGUAUUUACCUACAAAUAUUACAGAGAUAAGCACCUCAAGCACACCCCUUGUGUGGACAAGGGUGAUAGGAAAUUUCCCUGCUCUGUCUGCAAACGAUCCUUUGAGAAGUGGGACCAGCUCCGGAUCCCUGUCCUGCACGUUCACGAGAAGCACCAGCCUCACAAGUGUUCUACAUGUGGGAAAUGCUUCUCUCAGUCUUCCAGCCUAAACAAACACACGAGAAUCCACUCUGGAGACAGACCAUCCCAGUGUGCAUAUUGCACAAAGAGGUUCACUGCCUCUAACAUCCUCUGCACAUAUAUCAGGCAACGCUCGGGAAAAGCCCUUCAAAUGCAAGCACUCUGGUAAAUCUUUCGCAUCCCACGCUGCCCAUGACAGCCACGUCCGUCACUCAACGCGAGGAGGAUGAUGGCUGCUUGGGCAGCAUCUGUGGAAAAUUCUUCCCGGAUCAAGAAGCCUUCUACUCCCACACGAAGCUUCAUGAAGGCUACUAGCCCUCAGAGAGUAUGGGGACAAUGUAAAAACUAAAAGCUAGGAUUCUGUCUUUGUUUUCCUUGCUUAUGGGUGUGUCGUACAGACAGAUGAUAGUUAUACUAAGAUGAGAAACAGAAAAAUGGAACCGGCCAAAAAGCUGAGUUUAACUGAUUUCACCAGCUUUCACAGAAAUAUUAUUCACAAUUAAAAAAAAAUUUAAUGUUUGUUUAUUU